GCCGUUUCUCACAGGCAGAUGCUUUAGUUACAUCAGGGACCUUUUAAUACGAUUUCAAUCUAUAUUUUUCAAAAAUACAGGUUUUUAUGAUAACAUGGACAAAGAAAAAAUACCAAGAUGAAGAGAGAUUUGAGUCUAAUUUUAAAGACAGUCCUUAGCUGCAGUUUGUUGUGACAGCAGUAAGUAAAAGUGAAACAAAACUACAGAUUUAGCAGAAGUAAGUGAAGAGCUCAGAACAGAUAGACAGAAUGGCGUCUGGAUCUUCUGUCCUGGAAGAGGAGCUCUCCUGUCCUGUGUGCUCUGAAAUCUUCAGGGAUCCUGUUCUCCUGAGUUGCAGUCACAGCUUCUGUAAGGCCUGUCUGCAGCAGUACUGGGAACAGAAGGGAUCUCGGGAGUGCCCAGUUUGCAGGAGAAGAUCUUCCAAGGCUGAACCUCCCCUUAAUCUGUCUCUGAGGAAUACCUGUGAGGUGUUCUUAAAGGAGAGAAGUCAGAGAGCUAAAGCAGGAUCUGAAGUGCUCUGCAGUCUGCACAGUGAGAAACUCAAACUCUUCUGUUUGGUGGAUCAAAUACCCGUCUGUGUUAUCUGCCAAACUUCAAAAAAACAUGAAAACCACAAAAUGCGACCAGUUCAAGAGGCUGCAGAAGAGUAUAAGGAGAAACUCAGGACUGCACUGGCUCCACUGCAAGAGAAGCUUGAAGCCUUUAAUGCAGUGAAACUAGUCUGUGAUCAAACAGCACAGCAUAUCAAGAGCCAGGCCCAGCACACAAAGAGACAGAUAAAGAUGGAGUUUGAGAAACUUCAGCAGUUCCUAAAAGAUGAAGAGGCAGCCAGAAUCACUGCACUGAGGGAGGAAGAGGAACAGAAGAGUCAGAUGAUGAAGGAGAAGAUUGAGAAGAUGACAGAAGAGAUAUCAUCCCUUUCAGAACAAAUCAGAGCCAUAGAACAGGAGCUGGUAGCUGAAGACGUCUCAUUCCUGCAGAGCUACAAAGAUGUGGAGAAACGAGCCCAGUGCACACUGGCGGAUCCAGAGAAGGUCUCAGGAGCAUUGAUUGAUGUGGCCAAGCACCUGGGCAAUCUGAAGUACAGAGUGUGGGAGAAGAUGCUGGGGACUGGUCAAUACACUCCUGUGACUCUGGACCCAAACACAGCACAUCCCAAACUCUCACUGUCUGAGGAUCUGACCAGUGUGAGACGCAGUGGUGAGAGACAGCAGCUUCCUCAUAAUCCAGAGAGAUUUGAUAGGGAGGUGUGUGUGCUGGGCUCUGAGGGAUUCAGCUCAGGGAGACACUGCUGGGAUGUAGCAGUGGGGGAUGGAGGUUACUGGGUGGUGGGUGUGGCUAAAGAGUCCAUCAGCAGGAAAGAGGCUGUGGAUCCGAGCCCAGCAGGAGGAGUGUGGAGUAUAUGGCAGCUCAGUGGGAAAUGCACAGCCCUGACCUCCCCAGCUACACCCCUCACUGUGCAGAGGAAACUCCAGAGGGUCAGAGUGCAGCUGGACUGGGACAGUGGGGAGGUGUCAUUCUCUGACCCCAGUGACAACACUCCUCUCUACACUUUUAAACACUCCUUCACUGAGAGAGUGUUUCCAUUCUUCAAUCCUGUUUCUCUGCAGAUCUGUCCUCUGAAGGUGUCUGUAAGAGUGGAAUAGUGGAAUAGUGCUGU